UGUGUAAUAUUUUUCACCCCUCCCUCAACUAAUCUGUUGGUUUCCUUGCAGAAGCUUGUCGUAAAGUACGCAGUUUUUCUCUUUGUUGUAGCAAACUUCUGAGAUGUCUGGUGACUUGAGUGCCCUUGUAGCUCGUCUUGAAGCAGUCACAUCACGUUUAGAAGCUGCAGCUGACAAGGCCGGCGGCGGAGAACCAGCAGAUUUGGGAGUUAUUGUUGAAGAGUACGACCAGGUGCUUAAGGGUAACGUGGCCGAAUUUUUUAAGCUGUCGAGCAAAAUUGGUGGCGAUGUAGACACCCAGGCAAAGUUGGCUAAGAAAGUGUUUGAUUCUCAAAGGGAAUUUAUUGUGCUUGCCUCUACGUGUCAAAAGCCCAGUCAAGAUGAGUUUGCGAAGAUAUUGAAACCACAGGCAGAUUGUAUUGGUGAAGUACAGAGUUUUCGUGAGAAGAAUCGUGCAAGCAAGCUUUUCAACCACCUGUCAGCCCUUAGUGAAGCCAUUCCUGCCCUUGGAUGGGUUAGUGUGAGCCCCACUCCAGCUCCACAUGUUAAAGAAAUGGUUGAUGCAGCACAGUUCUACCUGAACCGAGUGUUGAAGGACUUCAAAGGAAAAGAUGAAACACAUGUGGAGUGGGUGAAAUGUCUUAAAAAUUCCCUUACGGACCUUCAUGCAUAUGUUAAGGCUCAUCACACAACUGGUGUGGUGUGGAGUAAAACAGGAAAUGUUGCCAAAGCUGGAGCAGGGUCUGUGGCACCCCCACCUGGUAAACCUGCUCCCCCACCCCCUCCUGCUGUGCAAGCCCCUACCCCUGUUGCCUCAGGGCAAGAUGUAAAUAUUGCAAAUGCAUUAUUUGGUGAGAUCAACAAGGCAGGCAUGAAUAUUGCUGCGGGACUUAGGAAAGUAAAGGAUGAGGAGAAGACUCACAAAAACAAAGAACUGAGAAAGACUGGGCCUGUUCCUGACAAACCAAAACCAGCUGUAGUUGCCCCUAAGCCCAAAGCUGCAGCUGCCAAAAAACCUCCAGUGUUUGAGCUGCAAGGGAAGAAGUGGGCGGUUGAAUUUCAAGAAAACAACAGAGAGCUUGUGAUCGCGAAGCCAUCAGUAUCACAAACAGUUUACAUCUAUUGCUGCAAGAACAGCACCAUUCAGGUCAAGGGCAAAAUCAAUUCCUUGGUUGUAGAUGGCUGUAAGAAAACAGCAGUGGUUCUCGAGGAUGCCAUUGGCACCGUUGAGUUUAUCAACUGCCAGAGUAUGCAGUGUCAGAUUAAUGGCAUGGUUCCAACAGUGUCAAUUGAUAAGACUGAUGGCUGUCAAGUGCUCUUUCCUAGUGGCAUUGGCAACACAGAGAUUGUGACUGCCAAGUCAUCUGAGAUGAAUAUCAUGAUGCCAAAGCCUGGUGGGGAUGAUAUGGUGGAAUAUUGUUUGCCAGAACAGUACAAGAGCGUAUGGAAUGGCAAAACAUUUGUUACCACUUGCAGCGAGUCUCUUGGAUAAGUGUUGUGACCUUUUACUGGAAUGUUCUACACAGCACGGAAAAAGACAAUCUCAAAAUGCUCAACCUAGCAUCAAAUCGCUGGCAAUUUGAAAUCCCUUUAGUUGAAACCUAAAAAUAGUGAAAUUACUUCUUUGAUUGUAGAAAAUGUAAAGUUAAACUUGAUAGUUUGCAGUAGUUUUGGAGGCUGACUAGGAUAAAAUUUCGAAUUAAAAGUGAUUCUUUGUGCAAGAUAUUUUAUGGCGUUGAGAAUUAGACAUCAAAGACUUUAUUUUCCUACAGCACAACAUUUUUGUCUCAGUUCACAUGGAAAAAGUGAAACCGUUGUUAAAGAAAAUAAAAAUAGAAAGCUUGAAAUUGUUGCUACCAUAA